UAUUAUAUGCAUGAUAGCAAAAUUAGCCUACAUUUUUAAUUCUUAUAUAUAUUAUUAUUAUUGUUUAUUUCAGGCAGUAGUCAUGGAUAUUGACGAGACCAUCCUACUGUUAGCCGUAACAGCUGUCGCAGCAGCAGCUGUUCGCAUCGCACAGGAUAGGAUCACAAAUGUUAGGCUCAGACAGCCUCGUGUGUUCCGGAGACGCACAGUUCUGGAGGAUCUGUCUGACAAUGAUGUCGAGGACAUGUUUCGGCUGAACCGUCAGGGGGUCAUGGAGGUUUACCACCUCAUAUCUGAUGAAAUUGAACCCCUGACGGGGAGAACCCAUGCAAUCCCUGCCAUUGUCAGGCUAUUGGCUGUCCUAAAUUAUUUAGCUACAGGUAACUUUCAGCCGUCAUGUGCUCGGAUCAUUGGAAUUAGUCGUCCCAGUCUUUCUAGAUUCCUGAAACCGGUUCUGAAAGCGAUCAAGAGACAUAUGGAUAGGUACAUCCAUUUCCCUAGAACCGAUGAAGAGUGGCAAGAGGUGAAGGUUGGAUUUUUCCGACAAGGAGGGAUGCCAAAUUGCCUGGGAGCCAUAGACGGUACUCAUAUUCCGCUGAUACCACCACAUGAUCGGGAGGAGCAGUUCCGAAAUAGGAAAAGCUACCACUCGUUAAAUGUGCAAGUUGUGGUGGACUCCCACCAGCGCAUUAUGAGUAUCAGAUCUGGGUUUCCCGGAAGUUGCCACGACAGCCAUAUCCUGCGGCAGUCAGCUCUCUUUGAACGAUUCGAACGAGGACAAAUGCCAGAGGGCUGGCUGGUGGGAGACGCAGGAUAUGGAUGUCGAUCUUGGUUGCUAACGCCUCUGUCGAAUCCUCAGACUGCGGCCGAGGUUAGAUAUAAUAGUACACAUAUCCGUACCCGUUCAGUUAUCGAGAGGACAUUUGGAAUGUGGAAAUCCACAUUCCGAUGCCUAUCGAAAACUGGCGGCUUUUUACAGCACUCUCCGGAACUGGUGUCAGAUAUCAUUAUUGUAUGUGCAAUUCUACACAAUAUUGCUCUUGCAAACAAUGUAGACUUGCACAUCGAUGAUGAUCUGCCACCAGAAAUACCGGCACUCCCGGCUGCCUCUGAAGAUUCCUCAGACCUAGGGAACAAUGUCCGUCAGAGACUCAUUCAGAACUAUUUCAGGGAUCUACAAAGAAGGACGACUAAUUAGUUUAACGUUUGUGAUCCUAUCCUGUUGAAGUUGAACCCUGGAAUUUUAAAGAUGUAGAGCAGUUAAGGAAGAUGGCAACAUCAGAACCCAGGCAUAUCAGCAACAGCGAGGAGGGCCCUUUACUGCCCGCACCUACAGGGCUUUGCUGUCUGAUGUCCAUUUCUACACAUCAAUUCCAACUAUAAAGCACAGACCCCAUGGAGCACCCCCCGGACCCUCAUCCUCCCCUUGCUUUACUUCUGUGAAACAUCAGUGGCUCUAGAUUGUUUACCGACCUCUGAUACUUGAAAAAAAUGCUGUUGAGCUUACCGGACUACUUGGUGGAGACUCAUAAGCUCAUUCGACCAAGUGAAGGCGGCCAUGAGGGCUCACUGCCACCACAAUGGAACUGAAAGUUGCUUUUACAGUUUACUGUCUUAGCACCUUAAUUGGUAGCUAUAACUGCUGAAAAGUAUGUUUCUUGGACCCCUGGCAAAACCUAUGCGCACCUAUCACGUUGGAGUAAUUAUCAACGUUGGUCAAGACUUUUAAGUCUGGCAAGACCCCUGGGCCCGAUGGCCUCCCGAUAGAUUUGCCUAAAAUGUAUGUUGAUUUAUUAAAAGUUGAAAUAAUUUGUGAUGUCUUAAAAAUAAACAUAAUUUUGAUUUUGAGGAGAAAAAUACAAACCAAAAUGAUUGACUUCAAAUAAUUUUAUUUGUGAAUAAAACAUUUAUUAUUAACAAUA